AUGAAUGAUUCUAACGAACCUAGUAUUAUUUCUACAGGUUCGCAACAGAUGAAUCAAAAACGAAAGAAACGUAAAGUUCAAAACAGUGAUAACGAUGAUGUCUUUCAAGAUAAAAUAAGUUUUGCGGAUAUUGUUAAAAGUUCUAAUAUUGCUGAGAAAAGUAAUGCAACGGGUAAUAUUAAUAAGCAAGGUAAUCAUAAGGCUCCUCCGGUCAUUGUGAUAAAACCUAAGGAGUCCAAAUCAACUCCGAAUUCUGAUCUCAGCCAAACUAUAAUGGAUGUGGAGAAUGAAAAUAUCAUCGAAACAUUCGUAACUCAGGGAUCGGAAUCUCUAGAAAUUGAUGAAUUACGUUCACUUUUGUGCGAAUGGGAGAUGAUGAAUUUGUUGGAUUAUUUUAUAGUAACGAGCAGUAUCGGUCAUAAGGAAGGUAAAAUAUUCUUGUGGACAGACUCAACCGUCGCCCUAUAUUGGAUCGCCGGCACUCCAUCGACGUGGAAAACUUUUGUGGCGAAUAGGGUGGCCGAAAUCCAGCGGCUUGCGAUAAAUGCUAUUUGGAGACACGUGCCAAGUCUCGAAAAUCCCGCGGACCUCAUCUCGAGAGGUGUCAAUGCAUCGUCUCUCGUCAAUAACUUAUUGUGGUGGAAUGGCCCCGAUUGGCUGGCGUCAACGGAUCAGCCGUGGCCUGAUAACAUCACACUAUCCUCUUGCCAUACGUUGUCGGAAGAAUGUGUCGAAAUCCGUAAAACCGCUUUACACAUUACAACUACGAGCUGUGAUAUCUUCGAACGUUAUUCCUCCUACACGAAACUACUACGUGUAGCAUCUCUCUGUCGACGUUUCGCUAAAAAUUCAACUCCAGGUUGUACACCUCGGUUUGGCCCAAUAUCGUCCACAGAAGUUCACCAAAAAUUGCUGGCGCUCGUGCGAAUAGUGCAACAGGAGCACUUCGCUGUCGAAAUAGAUAGACUUGCGAAAGCAAAGCAAAUUCCUCGUUCAUCUCGCCUCCGCUUUCUCAAUCCGGAGCUCAGGGAUGGUCUCAUCCGAGUCGGUGGCCGGCUAAAAUAUGCGGCGGUUCCAGAAAAUCAUAAAAAUCCGCUUGUCCUGCCAGAAAAUCACCAAUUAACGUUGCUUAUCGUCAAUGCAGUACAUCGAAGAACUUUACACAGCGGUCCUCAACUCCUGUUAGCAGUUAUGCGCCACGAAUUUUGGCCGCUUAGUGGCAGAAACUUAGCAAGAAAGGUGGUGCAUAAUUGCGUUAUAUGCACGAAGGCUAAACCUCGCAACAUGGAGCAACUUAUGGGUCAGCUACCGUCGGAAAGAAUUAACCGCGCUUAUCCAUUUCAACACGUCGGGGUGGAUUUUGCAGGCCCAGUGUAUAUCAAACCAUCCAAUCGCAAGGGCGCUCCAGUCAAGGCAUAUGUGGCAGUCUUCGUAUGCCUCACCGUCAAAGCAACACACCUUGAACUGGUCACCGAUCUCACUUCUGCCGCAUUCAUUGCGGCCCUACGUCGAUUCAUUGCACGCCGUGGGCUUCCGAGCGCAAUAUAUUGUGACAACGCUACUAAUUUCACAGCCGCUCAAAGGGAGCUCAAGGAACUUCGCCAGUUGUUAUUGUCGCAACAUCAUAAGAACGCCAUACAUCUCGAAGCAGCUAGUCUGAAAAUUGAAUUUCACUUCAUCCCUCCCCGCGCACCAACUUUCGGUGGCCUUUGGGAAGCGUGUGUGAAAUCAUUCAAACACCACAUGAGAAGAAUCGUCGGCAACAGCCUACUGUCCGUAGAAGCGUUCACAACAGUUUUGGCACAAAUCGAAGCCUGCCUAAAUUCUCGACCGAUAACCCCACUGUCGCCCGACCCGAGAGACCUACAGGCAUUAACCCCAGGACAUUUCCUUAUUGGACGUCCUCUGCUGGCUGUGCCUGAGCCAGAUCUCGCUGAAAUACCCGAGAACCGGCUAGAUUUAUGGCAGAAGAUCCAAUCGAUGGUACAGCACUUUUGGAAGCGAUGGCAAAAUGAAUAUUUGUCCACUUUGCAAUUACGUUACAAAUGGACGACAUCAAAUCAAAAUCUUCUUGUUGGUGCCAUCGUGCUAAUCCGCGAAGAAAAUCUACCUGUAGGAAAAUGGUCUAUGGGAAGAGUAGUGGAAAUCCAUCCAGGCGAAGACGGUCUCGUUCGAGUCGCUACAGUCAAACUACCGAACAAUCAGAAGCCGAUGAAGCGGCCUAUCACCAAGCUAUGCCUUCUCCCGAUUCAGGUGGAUGCAGCUGUCAUCGAAGGAAGUUCGUCGCCUUCCCGUUGUGAUGGUGAAAAUUGA